AAUACAUGUCAAAAGUUUGGAGAUACAAUGUCAUGUUAUUGUGUGAGAAAGUGUCUCCAAACUUUUGACUGGUAGUGUAGGUUAUACAGAAAACGUCAACCUCAGAGUCCACUUCAAUAAUGCACAUCUGCCUUUAAACACAGCAUCGGGGGCACCACCAGAAAUCCUGGGCCCCUACAAAAUCACCUUGCCUCACUUGUUUCUUCUUCUCUUUCAGUUUCAGUGUUCCUAUAGGUUCGGUUGAACAAUAGAUACAUAUCAAAAACGUUAAUUAACAAAUUAGACAUCAAAUUAGACAAAUGAGCUAAAGAGCUAAUAAUGUCUUACCUGGAUAUUUGGAAUGAUGUGUUGGUAAACCACUGAAGAGCCCCACACUCCUCUUUAUCAACUGUCAUCGGUUUUUGUCGCCUAAUUUGUCUUUUUUGUGAUUAUUACACAUUUUGGGGCGUUAUCCACACAGAGUAGCUGUACUGGCUGUGACGUCAUUGACGUUUAUUGCGAUGUGCUCUCAUGUUCAUGUAAUUUCGGUUGUUUUAACCCGUUCACGCCGUGUGUGUUUAUAACAAAAUGUUUUAGUCUGUAAAUGUUUUAUAUGUAAUAAGAUAACUAUAAGAAAUUGUUUUGUUUUGACGGUUUGUGGUGGUUACACUUUAUUCGCUUCGCUUCGUUUACUGUGUAUACUGAAUUCGUAUUUUUUGAUACUAGAGACACGUUUUUCGAAGCAUUUGAAAUAUUUUUGUUACUCGUUUAAAAAUGUCGGUCGGUUACGUUUUGGAACAAUUUUUCUUGGAUUCGUUUAGGAUGGUGACGUCACCACAGAGGCGUGGCAUACUGGUGCCAUUCACUUCCUGCUUCUUUGCGACCCUUCCAUCGCCUGAUCAGCUGCUGAAGCUUCCCUCUGACGAAAGUCGCUCAUCAUGUCACAUCAGACGGGCAUUCAAGCGGGCAAUGAUGUGAAGGACAUUUUUGCCAGUGCCAAGAGUGGAGACGAGUACCGAGUAUUGAAGAUCAUCAUUGAGGAUGAGCAGCUGACUUUGGCCACCACCAAGAAGGCGUCAAUGAAGUGGGACCACGAGUAUGACUCCUUAGUGCUGCCCCUCCUGGAGGAUUGCAUGCCCUGCUACAUCCUCUACAGGCUGGACUCCAGCAACAACCAGGGCUUCGAGUGGAUCUUCCUGGCCUGGACUCCUGACCACGCUACUGUGAGAAACAAAAUGCUGUUUGCUGCUACCAGAGCCACACUGAAGAAAGAGUUUGGGGGCGGACAUAUUAAGGAUGAGAUUUUUGGGACCACAAAGGAUGACCUGAACCUCAGCGGAUACAGGAAAUAUCUGACCUCGCAGGCGGCACCGCAGCCCCUCACCGCUGCUGAGGAGGAACUGAGACAGAUCAAACUACACGAGGUGCAGACGGACAUCAGUGUGGACUCCAAGCACCAGACGCUCCAAGGUGUGGCCUUCCCCAUCCACAAAGAUGCGGUGGCAGCACUCGAGCGUUUCAGGCAGCGGCAAAUCAACUACGUACAGCUGCAAGUGGACGCCGAACAGGAGCUCAUCUGUUUGUGCAGCACCGAGCAAACAGAGUUGAGGGACCUGCCGUCCAGGAUCCCCAAAGACUCUGCACGCUACCACUUCUUCCUCUACAAACACUCCCACGAGGGCGACUACCUGGAGUCCACAGUGUUUAUUUAUUCCAUGCCUGGGUACAAGUGCAGCAUCCGAGAGAGGAUGCUCUACUCCAGCUGCAAAAACCCUCUGGUUGACAUGGUGGAAAACCAGCUGAACAUGGAGAUUGAGAAAAAGUUGGAAAUCGACAGCGGCGACGACCUGACCAGCGACUUCAUGUACGACGAGGUGCACCCCAAGCAGCACGCACACAAGCAAGCCUUCGCCAAACCCAAAGGCCCGCAAGGCAAACGUGGCGGGCGCCGCAUGACUCGACUCCCCACAGAUGAACAGAACAUUUAAGAACGGACCAUUUUGACACCUCGUGCACGUUCCAUAGUGGAACAUUCCAGAGAUGUUGCUUGUUUUAAAAAGAAUAGGAUUCCCAAGCAGGUUUCUUUCACCCACAGUCAGCUAUGCACGCCCAUGUGACCUGAGCAACGCCACGUCUCUGUUUAGUGCAUUCCCAGUGAUUCAUGUACCGAUCACAAUAACACCCCCCCCCCCCCUUUUUAAGUUGCUCAAAUUCUUUAUUUGCAUUCCUUACGUCACUUCCUAUGUGUAGUAUGUAUGUACAUGUGUGUGUGCGUGUGUGUGCAAGACUGGUGCUCCAAAGCAGAGAUGAUGAUCCCACUCAUAAGUGCAUUUUAUAUUGCAUUUUUUUUUUUUUACUGUGGUUUGCAUGGAGCGCGAGAGAGAAAACACAAAAAUCAUCUGCUGAGAAACGUAUUUUUCUAUGCAAGUGCUGUAAAUGUACAUAUGGUAGCCGUGUGGUUGUGUGUGUGUGUGUUGUGGUAGUGAUGCUGAGGAUCACGGUGGAAUUGAACAAGGGGUUUCCAGAAAUAUUUCAUCUAUGUAAACUCUGUACAGCAGAGGAAGCUGUUAGAAUCCCAGCCGAGAGGAAGAAAGCGUGAGAGCGAGCUUAGAGUAAGAAAGGGAAUUUAUGAAAAAUGUCGCUGCAGCCACUCAUCUACUGAUUCCGAUUAUUAGACGAACUACCAAGCUCACCUCAUCAUGUUGUCAAUGUCACUAGAAGUAGAGAAGCAAAAAAAAUAAUUGUUUUCUUACAGAUCUUUCUUUUUAAGGAGAAUAAAAUAUUGAAAUUGCA